UUUAUUUUUAAAGAUUAGAGAUGAUGUUUAUUAUAUAUAGCACUGACUGUAUUUUGUUGAAUAAUUUCUGUUUAACUUUUUAUGAAAAACUUGUUAGGAAAAUCCACUGGAAGAAUUGGUAGAUCUUUUUAUUUUUAGACGAAAUUCAUCUCCAAAACAACAAGAAAGACCCAAGUAGCUGGCCUCCCCAACUUUAAUUUCUUGGAAAUUUAUUAAUUUAAUCUACUUCACAAAAUCCAAGGUCAGAGCUCAAACAGCUCCCAGAGUGAUUUAAAAAUGGACGCUGAUUCAUGGAGUACCCGCCUUUCUUCAGUUUCUAAGAGAUACCAAUUUACUCUUCAAUCACGGUCAGAUAUGUUUAUGGGGUUUGAAGAAAUAGAUGGAGAAGAUGAUAUAAGAGAGGAAUUUCCAUCUCCUUUUUGUUCAGAACAUUUCGAUAUCCUCAGCUUGUGCUGUCACAUUGAUGAUGAGCAUCCCAUGGAGGCUAAAAAUGGGGUAUGCCCGGUCUAUGCAAUGAAAGUGGAAGUCGAUAUGGUUGCACAUAUAACCCUACAACACGGAAAUAUAUUCAAGAUGCAGCACAAAAGGAAAUCAAGUAAAGGUGGAUCUCAUUCAACUCUAUCUCGUUUGAGAAAAGAGCUGCGAGAAGGAAACCUACAGUCUUCAUCCAAUUCAGCACCUGAUCCGUUGUUGUCUUCAUUUAUUUUGCCCAUGGUUGAUGAUUUUGUUAGUGUUAAGCCUCACUUUUCUUGCGAAACAAGUGCAACUGAGAAAAGUUCAGACAUUAAUAAGUUGGAAAGAAAUGUUCCAUUGACUCUUCUUUCAGUCAAGGAUCAGGAAGAGAAGACAGAAAGAUGUGAGUUUAUUCAAGGGCUGCUGUUGUCCACAAUUCUUGAUGAUAUUUUAUGAAAAGCACUCUGCCUUCAUAUUGGUUGCUCCAAUUGCGGACCUAAAACCCUUGGGUCCUGCGUCCUAUGGUUUGUUAUGUUGGCUUUUGGUGAAUAUAGAUGGAAGCAAAAUGUUGAAUAAGGUGUAGGAAUGAAUGAAUGUAACUUAUGUUGGAUGUUGAGUUUCUCUUCAUCUUUUUUAAUUUCAGGUCAUGAUAGAUAAAUAUCAUCAAAGAAGAAUAAUUUAAAUCCAAGAA